AUGGCAGCCGCAGCGAAAAAGUCCUGGCUCGAGAGAGCGGAGCUAUCUUCGGGCAAACUCCUCUUCUAUGUGAUUUUCUGGGGCGGUCAUUUUGCAGUAUUUGCAGGUGGAUGGUAUUGGCAGGUCAUCAACGUCCAAUUAGCCGCUCUGAAUGUGCUCCAGUAUUCCGUCUAUAUCUCGCGAGGUGCCGCCCUCAUUUUGACGAUAGAUGCGACCCUGAUCAUAUUGCCCAUGUGUCGCAAUGUUCUUCGAUGGCUGCGCCCCCAGAUCAGAUGGCUACCGCUAGAUGAGUCGGCCUGGUUUCACAGACAGGUGGCCUACGCCAUUCUGGUUUUUGUCGUCCUUCACACAGGUGCGCAUUAUGUGAACUUUUACAACAUUGAAAAACAGCACAUUCGCCCCGCCCUAGCCGUCGAAAUGCAUUAUAAAGAAGCUGCCGGUAUCACCGGCCAUGUCAUGCUGUUGUGCAUGAUGCUAAUGUACACCACCUCUCACCAUCGAAUUCGCCAGCAAGCCUUCGAAACUUUUUGGUAUACUCAUCAUUUGUUUGUCCCCUUCUUGUUGGCUCUCUACACCCACGCCACGGGAUGCUUUGUCCGCAAUACGCCUCAGCCCAUCUCCCCGUUCGCGGGAAACCCGUUCUGGGGUCAUUGCUUCGGCUACGAGGGCUGGCGAUGGGAGCUCGUAGCGGCUAGCAUGUACAUGUUUGAGCGGCUCUACCGAGAGAUUCGAUCGAGACGAGAGACCGAGAUCACCAAGGUGAUUCGUCAUCCUUACGAUGCUAUGGAGAUUCAAUUCCGCAAGCCCAGCAUGAAGUACAAGCCCGGACAGUGGCUCUUUAUCCAAGUCCCGGAUGUCUCCAGUCACCAGUGGCACCCAUUCACCAUCACCUCUUGCCCCUUCGACCCCUACAUCAGUAUCCAUGUCCGACAGGUGGGUGAUUUCACUCGCGCCCUCGGAGAUGCCCUGGGUUGUGGUCCGGCGCAGGCAAAAGACCUGGAGGGUCUCGAUCCACUCGGCAUGUACGAGGUGGCUCUUCAAAACGGACAGAUGAUGCCCAAGAUCCGGAUCGACGGACCCUACGGAGCUCCGGCAGAGGAUGUUUUCGAGAAUGAAAUCGCCGUGCUCAUAGGCACAGGCAUCGGCGUCACGCCCUGGGCGUCCAUCUUGAAAAACAUCUGGCAUCUCCGCUCCAGUCCCAACCCGCCUCGUCGUCUCCGCCGUGUCGAGUUCAUCUGGAUCUGCAAGGACACGUCUUCAUUCGAAUGGUUCCAAGCCCUCCUCUCCUCUCUCGAGUCCCAGUCCGCCAACGCCGCCGCCUACGAAGGCAGCACGGAAUUCCUCCGUAUCCACACCUAUCUCACCCAACGCCUCGACAACGACACCGCAGCAAACAUCUACCUCAACUCCGUGGGCCAAGCCCUCGAUCCCCUCACCGAACUGAAAUCCCAGACCAACUUCGGCCGUCCCGAUUUUAAACGUCUCUUCACCGCCAUGCGCAACGGUCUGCUCGACGAAAGCUAUAUCCAAGGCCUGCAAACUGCCUCCACCACCGAGGUUGGUGUUUACUUCUGUGGACCCAAUGCAGCAGCUCGUCAGAUUAACGAGGCGGCGAAGAACGCUUCGAGUAAGGCGGUACGUUUCAAGUUUUGGAAAGAGCAUUUUUAG